AUUUUAAUUGCAAUCAAAGCAUGUGUUGAGACAAUAAUUAUUGUAAAUAAAUAGCGAUUAUUAAUGUUGUAAUAAAACACGUGUAAUAGUAAUCAAACAUAUAAUGAGUGGCAAAGGAUUGUCGUUUGAGGUGUUGGUUGAGUGCAACAAAACUCGGGCCCGACUCUCGAAACUGGUUCUCAGGUCACUAUCGGACGGCGGUAUCGCCGGUCAGGACGUUACGAUUGAUACGCCGAUGUUUAUGCCGGUCGGCACUAAUGCCACGAUUAAGGGACUCUUACCGAAACAGAUUGAACGCAACGGCGCCCGACUAAUACUAGCCAACACGUAUCACGUGGGCAGUCGACCCGGUGUGGACACAGUGGACCGGGCGGGCGGUAUUCACGAGUUUAUGCGUUGGCGUAACGCCCUUCUGACCGAUUCAGGUGGCUUUCAGAUGGUAUCGCUGAGUAAAUUGUCAGAAGUUACCGAAAACGGUGUCUUAUUUAGGAGUCCAUACGAUAAGGAGAGUACCGAUGUAACAGACGAGAUGCUGUUGACGCCUGAAAUGGCCACCGAAAUGCAACACAAGAUCGGGUCAAAUAUUAUGAUGCAAUUGGAUGACGUGAUUAAAACAACACAUCCCGACCAACAACGGAUGGAAGAGGCAUUGCAUCGAUCGAUUCGGUGGUACGAUAGGUGUCGACUCACACACGACAAGGCCGUCACCGAAGACCGAACUGGACGCCGAACCAAACAAAAUUUGUUUCCUAUAAUACAGGGCGGACUCAAUCCAGAAUUUCGACGCCAAUCGGUUGAUCAAAUUGUUGCCAGAGAUCCAGUCGGUAUAGCUAUUGGCGGACUCAGUGGCGGAGAGGCGAAAGAGAAGUUUAUUGAGAUGGUGUCCGUUAGCACCGAGAGUCUACCACCAAACAAACCGAGGUAUUUGAUGGGAGUUGGUUUGGCCAUCGAUAUGUUAAUGUGUGUGGCUUUCGGUGUCGAUCUCUUUGACUGUGUCUUUCCAACCCGAACCGCCCGAUUUGGGUGUGCGCUAAUUGGUUACGGCAAAGAGCUGAAUCUUAGGAGCCCCUCAUUGGCCGCUGACUUUGGACCGCUGGACAAGGAGUGCGAUUGCAAGGCAUGUCUGAACUAUACCCGCUCUUACAUCCAUCACUUGAUGCGCGACAAAAAUACCGUCGGUUGUCAUCUGCUGAGUGAACAUAAUAUCCGAUUUCAGAUGCGUUUUAUGAAACUUAUCCGCGACUCCAUCAGAGAUGGGGUUUUUGAACAAUUUAUUUGUAAUAAUCUUAAGUUUCAUUUCGGUGAUAAUAAACACGAUUAUCCCGAAUGGAUAACCAAAGCGGUCAAUGAUUUAAAUUUAAAUAUUUGAUAAUUUUAUUAUAAUAGCUGUGAUAUACAAUAUUAUUUGGUCAUACAUUACAUAAUAUCAUGUGUUGCACUAUAUUAAUGCAUUGUAUCAAUUAUUAAAUGCCCGCCGCCUCCCAACCCUCCCAUUAUUUCUAUCCAAAUAGUACCCAGCAAUGCCGAUACUGUACAUUCA